AGUUCAAUCUAUUUAAGUAGAUUUGCAACAAUGAACACAACUAAUAAUUCCUCUUGAAAAUGUCGCGUUGCCACGUUUCCCACUUCCAAAGUCGUCCAGUACGCCUAAGUCAAUGCUGUCUUGAUCUAUCGUUCUAGUCUUUUGUCGGCCCCCUUGAUUCUUUUCUGCGCAGUGGCUUCUUUUUUCUUUUUCUGUUCCCUUUUUUUUUUUUUUUUUAUCUAUGAUUGCUUUCGUUUGUGUUUCCUGCUGUGUUUCCUCAUCAGCGCUAGGAAAAUACGAAGAAAUUGAAGAAUGGUUUCAAUGCGUCUUUCUUUUCCUCUGAUUCUUUUCCUUCUUCAUCUAUGUUUAACUCUGAUAAAUUUUCUGCUAUUUUUUCUGAUCAGCUCCAAGACAGUGAAAAAAGCAGUAGAGUUUGAAACUGAUAUUGGUUUCAAAUUUUUGGUUACUUGAGUAAUGCCUCUGAUUUAUCUUGUGUUCCAAAAUAUUGGGUUUAUUUUCUUUUCCCGUGUUGGAUCUUUGGGUUAGCUAGCUAAGCGAAGUUAUGGCUGUAGCAUUAAUCGGACAGGCUGCUCUGGGAGCAGCAUUUGGAGAGAUAUUUGCGGUGUUCUAUAAAACAGUAAAGAACGUGACAAACGAUACUCUAAUGUUCGAUUCCAUUCUUGAAGACCUCAAAUCCACGCUGGCUGAGUUAGAGCCAUAUGUCGAAGAAAUAAAACAGUCAAACAGAGAACUGGGACGCCCAGAAGAGGAGAUAAAGGGCUUAAUUGAAAAAAUGAAGAAGGGCGAGAAGCUCAUUAGGAUGUACUCGAAACUUCCGUGGUUGAAAUACUGCAUGAGAUUCCAUUAUGCGAAAAAACUCCGCAAGUUGGAGGAGGCCCUUUUCAAGUUUUUUCAUGUUCAUGUGACGGCAUGGAGUGCGAGGACCGUGUUGCAGACUUUGCAAGGAGUGAAUGAUAUUCGUGUGCAAAUGAAUUUAGUGGGAAUGAGUGGUGUUGGGUUGUCGUGUGCAGUUCCUCGACCCCCAGAUUUUAUUGUUGGAUUGGAUGUGCCUUUGAAGGAGGUGAAGAUGCAGCUGUUGGAGGAGGUGUCGCUGCUUCUAUUGACUGCUCCUGGAGGAUGUGGGAAGACCACAUUGGUGAAAAUGCUUUGUCAGGAUGAGGAAAUCAAAGGCAUAUUUGAGGACAAUAUUUUUUUUGUUCCCGUUUCAAAAACUCCAAACUUGAAGGUCAUUGUACAUAGAGUAUUUCGUCAUAAGGUUGAUCGGGUACCUGAGUUUCAAAGUGAUGAAGAUGCUAUCAACCAGCUGCAGCAACUACUGACUCAAAUCAAAGCUCCUAUAUUGUUGAUCCUGGAUGACGUUUGGUCCGGAUCAGAAUCCCUUCUGGAGAAUUUCAAGUUUCAAAUAUCAAAUUACAAGAUUCUAGUGACUUCAAGAACUGCAUUUCCAAGGCUUAGCUCUAAAUAUACGUUAAAACCAUUAAAUGACACAGAUUCAAUGACUCUUUUUCGACAUUCAGCAAUCUUGCUAGAUGGGAGUUCUUGCAUUCCGGAUGAAGAUAUUAUUCAAAAGAUAGUGAAAUGCUGUGCGGGUUUCCCACUAGCCCUUGAUGUGAUUGGCAGAUCACUCUGUGGGAUGUCAGCAGUGACCUGGCGCAAGAGAGUGAAGGACUGGUCUAGUGGUCAUUCUAUUCUUGAUUCUGAUAGCUCUUUGCUCGGGUGUCUAAAAAGGAGCCUAGAAUUCUCUGAUGAUGAAAUCAUCCGGAAGCAAGAGAUUAUAUUGAAGGAGUGUUUUUUGGACCUAGGUUCUUUUCCAGAGGACAAAAGGAUCUCCCUUAUUCCUCUCAUUGAUAUGUGGGCAGAAUUAUAUGAACUAGAUGAAGAUGACAGCAUUGCUAACCUACUUGAACUCAUCGCCCGGAAUCUUGCCAGUCUUGAGGACGUCCCAUGCUCAUUUACCAGGAAACAUGCAAGUGAUUUUGCUAGCUGCUACAGCGAAGACUUCAUCUCCCAACAUGAUCUUCUUAGAGAGCUAGCUAUCCACCAGAGCAACUUGGAGCCAGUAGAACAAAGGAAACGACUCAUUGUGGACAUAAGUAGAAACAACUUUCCCAAGUGGUGGAUAGAACAUAAUCUAAAACCCAUCAACGCCCGCCUUAUGUCUAUCUCAACUGAUGAAAUGUUCUCACCAACUUGGUUCAAUAUUCAACCACUUGAAGUGGAGGUUCUAGUUCUAAAUUUUCAAACGAAGAAUUACGCCUUCCCUGAUUUUGUGAGGAAAAUGAAUAAACUAAAGGUGCUUAUAGUCACAAAUUGUGGUUUCUCUCAUGCUGAAUUAGGUAAUUUUCACUUACCUGGGUCGGUACCUUGUCUAAAGAGAAUUGUAUUAGAGAACGUCUCGGUUCCUUCCCUUUGCAAGAGCCUAGAGCAAUUGAGGAGUUUGGAGAAGAUAUCCUUGUUGAUGUGCAAUAUUGGUCAAGCUUUUAAGAGUAUCCAGGUUUCAAAUGCAUUACCAAAUCUUGUGGAGAUAAACAUUGAUCUUUGUGAAGAUAUUGCAGAAUUUCUGGUCGACCUGUGUGAUAUUAUUUGCCUUAAGAAGCUCAGUAUCACCAACUGUUAUAAGUUCUCUGUACUGCCUCAAGGGAUUGGAAAGUUGGUGAAUUUGGAAGUGCUAAGGCUCAGAGCAUGUAUUAAUUUGCUCACCUUGCCAGAGUCAAUCAGAAGCCUCCAUAAUUUAACUAUUUUUGAUACAUCCUACUGCCUAAAAAUGAUGUGGUUUCCUGAACACAUUGGUGAGUUUUUUAAGUUGGAAGAGCUCCACAUGGAAGAGUGCUUACUAUUGAGUAAUCACCUUUAUCAGCAAUGGUCGAAUCAAUUGCCACCAUUGUUUCAGAAUCUAAAGCAACUGAAGCUUGUGACAUGUGAUGAAGAGAUGUCCAAUUUAUGGGAGCCUGUCAAGGAGUUCCACACAAGUGUGAAGGUAAAGGUGAUUAGAAGUUCAGGGCUGAUAAUCCGACGGGUUGGUCUUAUAUUUGCGGGAACUGCAACAGAGUCAACAUCUUUAUACGGUCACAAUUCAAUAUAUUGAAAGAGAAAAAAAAAUUAUAUAUAUAUAUAUAUGAUUUUAUUUUCCCCUAUAAAUUUCAAAAGAAAUUGUACAUUAAAUUGUUAAUACAAUGUCAACUGGAAGGUAGAGGGGUGGUUCUAGUUUCACAACGAAUAUGAAAUGGAAAAUUCAAUA